CGCCUGCAGCUGCAGCCCCCAUAGCUAACGGCCCGGGACGUGUAGGAGCCGUGAUGAAUGAUAAGGGGGGGAGUAAUGGAAUGAUGAUUUCCAGUGAGGAAGCAGCCGAGCUUAUCCCGCUGGAGCAGUAUGUAUCACUAGGAUACCCGGGGCUGGGAAUGAUUGGGACAAUCCGACCGGAACUCGAGUCCAUAGAUGUCGCCGAAUGGCGACCUUCGUCGAGCGAAACGGAGACGGGAGGCCCUACCUCUGUUACGGGGGAAAUCGAUGUCCUUGAUGUCACCCGAGCACUGGAUCAUCGAAUCCCUCUCCCUAUCGGCCACCUACUCUCCAUUUCGGAACAGGCGAACAAACGUAUGAUGCAGCAUUGCAAAGCGAACCGGAAGCGAUUCGCCCUUGCACGCGCUCAGAAGACGAAGACGUCGACUUCGGAGGAAAAGGUGGACGUCGCUCCUGACCUCAUCCGAGUCGGAUUGAUACGAAAAGAUGACCACUUUCUUCGGAUCAAGCCGAUUCCGUGGAAGUCAACCGAAUGUGAUAUUGAAGUCUGGGGAGUGCCGUAUAGUGCGAUCAUAGAUUCGGGAGUAGCUGUCCUAGCGAUAUCACUCCGAGUAGUCGAGAGAGCGGGUAGGAAGAAUGAUUUGAUUAUGCUAACCGAGAAGGACCAGCUCGUAUCGGCUGACGAGGAGAAGAUCAAGACAGUAGGACGAAUGACGAAUGUCGCGUUCCGAUUGGGAAAAGUGCAUGCUUUAGGCGAUGUUGUGGUGCUGGAUGUGAAUACGUAUGACGUUUUUUUCGGGCUUCCUGCCUUGGUGGCGCUGCGUGCUAAUUUAGACUUCGAACGCCAAUCCGUCAUUCUCUGGAAUACCGGGGGAAAGCCGUAUAUAAUACCGAUGAGACUAACUCUUCGAACGUCGGUUAAGGUAGUACCCCGAAUUUCUCCGGAAACAAUGGGAGCGCUCAGCAUGGUCUCCUGGAGUGCACCGGUGGACGGAGGCCAAUCAUCGAAUGACGCGGGGAGCGACGACGAUGACGAUCCAGUCGUUAUACGGUUAGUACGGCAGCGGAUUCACUACCUGCCGCCUCGCACCAUUGCGCGUACCAUGCAUCUAACCACACGGAAUGCUCAUAUGAUGAUCAUGGGAGAACCCCUCUUUAUUCUCAUCACCGACUGGCAGCCGGAGGCUAUCUCGGCCAUUCUGGCACAGAAGGAAAACGAUGGGAAGGAGCAUGUCAUCGAGUACGCUUCCCGGACGGUGCCAGACGAACGACGAAAUGAUUCCGCGCCACAAGGAGAAUGCUAUGCGGUAGUGUGGGGUAUCCAGCACUUCCAUCCGUAUUUGUACGGUCAAAAGUUUCUGCUCGUCACCGACCAUGAACCUCUGUUGGCUCUGAAAAAGCUAACCAAAUACACGGGCAUGAUCGGACGAUGGGCAGUGCGGUUGCAAGAGUAUGAGUUUGACAUUGUUCACCGAAGAACGGAGAGACACGGCAACGCCGACGGACUGACACGUUUGCACCGACCCGGCCGUCGGAGGCUCCUCACCCAGGAGCUUACGGUACCGAUUGCGCAGCUGGCCCACGAUCUUGACGUCAGCAUUGUCUCCCAGGUCGACCCGUGCGUGGUGCCCCACGUCACCUCGCGCACGCUGUCGCCGUACCUUCAGUGGUCAGCUUGCGUGGAGGGCUUCCCAUCGAGAAUUCCGCCUUCACGGUUGGAUUAUUUGGAUCCGCGCGACAUCGUGGAUCCCGCGUUUUACAGACCGCCGUACGAGGACGAAUUGGAGGAGAUAAUCCGUGAAGAGCUCGCGGAAGAAAGUUCGGAGGAAGAGGAGGAAAAUCCGAACGAAGACGAGGGGGAGCUAGCACAGCAGCAAGAAGGAGAAGAAGACAAGCUCCUGCAAACAGAGAACGAAGAGGAAGAAGAAGAAGAAGACAGCGAGCAAGGGAGCGGUGACGACAACGACGAGGAGCACGCCGACGAGGAUCCCCAGCUAGAAAUUGCAGCGGUUGCUGAUCUUCAGAUCAGCAACGAUCCAACGCUCGACCCGGAGCCACCUCAGCCAGGCGACGACGAUGUGGCCCAGAUGGUUGGGCCGUCCGUUCGCCGGCCUCCUUCCCCACCGCGACACCGACGACGAAGCCGCUCCCCCUCCGCCUCCCUCUCCCUCGCGGCCCGUCCCGCACUUCGAGCACGUCGAGAUGAGGCCGAUCGGUUUUCGUCCUCGGGCUCUCUCUCUCAGACCCCAUGACUUCCUCACCCUGCGCCAUCUCACCCGUUCCGCCGUCUUCCCCCGCAAUCCCUUCCCCUGCGACGCUUUCCAUCAUUAC